UUGGUGGUGAUGGGGGACUUCAACUAUCCAGAUAUAUGUUGGGAAAAUAACACUGCGGGGCACAGACUCUCCAAUAAGUUCCUGGACUGCAUUGCAGACAACUUUUUAUUUCAGAAAGUUGAAAAAGCUACUGGGGGGAAGCUGUUCUAGACUUGAUUUUAACAAAUAGGGAGGAACUUGUUGAGAAUUUGAAAGUAGAAGGAAGCUUGGGUGAAAGUGAUCAUGAAAUCAUAGAGUUUGCAAUUCUAAGGAAGGGUAGAAGGGAGUACAGCAGAAUAGAGACAAUGGAUUUCAGGAAGGCAGAUUUUGGUAAGCUCAGAGAGCUGAUAGGUAAGGUCCCAUGGGAAUCAAGACUGAGGGGAAAAACAACUGAGGAGAGUUGGCAGUUUUUCAAAGGGACACUAUUAAGGGCCCAAAAGCAAGCUAUUCUGAUGGUUAGGAAAGAUAGAAAAUGUGGCAAAAGACCACCUUGGCUUAACCACGAGAUCUUGCGUGACCUACAAAAUAAAAAGGCGUCAUAUAAAAAAUGGAAACUAGGUCAGAUUACAAAGGAUGAAUAUAGGCAAAUAACACAGGAAUGCAGAGGCAAGAUUAGAAAGGCAAAGACACAAAAUGAACUCAAACUAGCUAUGGGAAUAAAGGGAAACAAGAAGACUUUUUAUCAAUACAUUAGAAGCAAGAGGAAGACCAAGGACAGGGUAAGCACACUGCUCAGUGAGGAGGAGGAAACAGUAACGGGAGACUUGGAAAUGGCAGAGAUGCUUAAUGACUUCUUUGUUUCGGUCUUCACUGAGAAGUCUGAAGGAAUGUCUAAUAUAGUGAAUGCUUACGGGAAGAGGGUAGGUUUAGAAGAUAAAAUAAAAAAAGAGCAAGUAAAAAAUCACUUAGAAAAGUUAGAUGCCUGCAAGUCACCAGGGCCUGAUGAAAUCCAGUCGUGUAGGGAGCUGCCAGCAGAGCUGCCAGACCAGGCUCUUAGCUCCCCACAUUGCCCCUCUUAG